CAAGCAAUCAGUACUCCCUGGUGUUCCUUCUCUCUCUUUUUCCUUAUUCUUAAAGUACAUCUCUCUCUCUCUCUCUCUAAAUCCAGGAACCGGAAUACCAUAUCGAUGUCCAGCAAUUACGUUAUCUCUACCGGACCGAGUAGAAUCUUUUGUUCAAUUUAUUGAAGUUCUCAAUUGGAAGAAGAAGUAUAUUAUCAUGCCUUUCGGAUUGGUCUCCGCGUGGAACAAGCGCAGGAGGAGCAAAUCCGAGGAUCUUGGCGACCCCUGGAAAUAUAAACCUGCAGAGUAUUGGCAACUCAAGGAUCAAAACCCGCCUUCAAAAAGACACCAUGGAUCAUCAGUUUUUACGCUCAAGGAAAUGGAGGAAGCGACAAACUCUUUCGCCGAGGGGAAUUUGAUUGGGAAAGGAGGAUUUGGCCGCGUUUACAAAGGCACUCUGCGGUCUGGAGAGGUUGUUGCAAUCAAGAAAAUGGAGCUACCGCCAUUUAAAGCAGCAGAAGGGGAGCGCGAGUUUCGGGUGGAAGUCGACAUCUUGAGUAGAUUGGACCAUCCUAAUCUGGUUUCCCUUAUUGGGUAUUGUGCUGAUGGGAAGCACAGGUUUCUAGUUUAUGAAUACAUGCACAGGGGAAACUUGCAAGAUCAUUUAAACGGAAUUGGAGAAGUGAAGAUGGAAUGGCCUAUGAGGCUCAGAGUGGCAAUUGGAGCAGCAAAAGGACUUGCUUAUCUCCAUUCAAGCUCUGCCGUUGGGAUUCCUAUUGUCCAUAGAGACUUCAAAUCCACCAACAUCCUAUUGAACACCAACUUUGAAGCCAAGAUAUCAGAUUUUGGGCUCGCUAAGUUAAUGCCAGAGGGACAGGAAACUUAUAUGACUGCUAGAGUUCUCGGUACUUUUGGCUAUUUUGAUCCUGAGUAUACAGCGACAGGGAAACUCACCUUGCAAAGUGAUGUGUAUGCAUUUGGAGUUGUUCUGCUUGAGCUUUUGACUGGACGGAGAGCUGUGGACCUGAACCAAGGACCCAGUGAUCAAAACCUUGUAUACCAAGUAAGGAAUAUAUUGAACGACAGGAAGAAGCUGCGGAAGGUGAUCGAUCCGGAGAUGAGCAGAAGUACGUACACGAUGGAGUCCAUAGCCAUGGUCGCGAACUUGGCAUCGCGGUGUGUCCGUGCUGAAAGUAGUGAGAGACCCUCAAUGGAGGAUUGUGUAAAAGAACUCCAACUCAUUCUGUGUACAAAUUCAAAAGGCUUGGGAAUGGCCAUGCAUACACUCAGAAUGGUGUAGAAUUAUUACCCCCGGUAAAAUAAGACUGUUCUUUGUAGAAAAAAUCAAAAAUUGCUCAGAAGAUUAUGGGGUGGAUGUCUAUAUGCUUAGCAGUGCAGUAAUUUGUAAAAAUUUGAGAAGGGACACAAAUUUGGUAGAUACAAUAAAGAAGUUUGUGUAAUCAA